GGCUCUUAUUUAGUUAAUCAGGUCAAAAUUCGAUAAUCAGUCUUCUCUAUUAAUAUAAGAAUUUCAUUAUUCAAUUUAUUAUUAUUGUCUGUCAACGCUCCAGUUCUAGUCCGAAGGAGCCAGCAUCAGGACGAGGGACAACUCUCCAUUUGCUCCAUUCCAUUGCUCACUAUAUUACUUUCUACUUAUUUGUGCUCGGUUCGAUUGUUUUGUCUCAGAAAUGACCUCGACAAUGCGGCCACUACCACAACUCCGCAUCAUUCAACAGCAAUUUGAUCGCAAGGACAAAAGGCUGUACUCUAGUACAGUCAAUUCUUCAGACGAGGAUGCAGACAGUCGCAAAACACUUGGGACUCGAUAUUCGGACUCCGCCAGUAGUAAUCACACCUCAUCAUCUGAACCAUCAGCAAAAGUAAGAAGAAAACCUGGCCGCAAGCCUAAUCCUGCAUCGCCUGCGGUGCGGAAGGAGCAAAAUAGAGCCGCUCAGCGUGCGUUUCGUGACCGUAAAGAGAGGCAUCUUCAGGAAAUGGAAGCAAUGAUUAAAGACCUUCAAGAAAAGAACUCUCAAAUGAAUAUGCGGAUUCAACAGGACACUCAACAGUUUAAAACUACUGUCGAAUCGCUUCAAAGCGAGAACUACUAUCUGCGCCAUGUUGUCUUUUCGUUUGAAACGACAUUACAUAAAGGUGGAAAUAUGGCGAUAUUGCAGGAAGUCAAGGCUGAGUUCUAUCGUCGUCAUUACGACAGACAUGCGCGGAAACAGCUUUCAGACACAAUAUCGUCGAGCCAGGAGCAACGGACACCAAUGCCCACAACACCAUCGAUAUUCCUUCCUAAUGGCCAUCUCCCUCUCCAAGUCUUAGCAGAGGAAUCGCAGCAGCUAUUGCAUCAAAAGGUUGUCAGCGCUCCGGUUACAGCGCCAGUAUCUCCUGAUUCUGUUUCCCCUCCUUCUACUUCAACUACUGCUAUUAUACCAACUUCUUUGCCAUCGAGUCCCAAAUCCACCAUUUCUGCUACUCUUCCAACUACGUCCCCUACCAACUCUGCCUUCGAAAAUAUCUCUUCCUACUCUUCAUCUCCUGUAUCAACAAGAACUGUCUCCUCAACCUUAAUGAAUGAACCUGUGGAUCAAGCAAUGGAUCCAGACAACGCUACAUUAUUCCCCAUCAAUGAUGGUAUCCUUUGUAACGAACCGUCAUUGGUUUGUAUGCUAGAACCUGACGACGGGAAGUCCGUUAGAUCUAUUACAACCUGCGAGCCGCCUGUAGCAUCACGACUAUUUUUCACAGAGGCAGGAACAUACCUAGCAAAGAGAGCAACAGAGUAUACAAAACAUGCGUCCGUUUUUGAUGAACUUCAGUCAUCCCUUUUCCCUCCUGGCACUCUUCAAUCGAUUAUCCGUACUGAUUUGGCAACCCCUCAGGAAAUCGUGAAUGAUGUUCCUCUUUUGGAACAACUUCAUGAUCAUUUCAAUCACCAUCGUCGUCCUCCACUUCCACUUAGAGAUCCCGUCAUCGCGCCCGCUCAAGCCACAAUCACUUACUGCACUACUGCAAUAGAUGCUGGCUCUCCUACUGAUCCAACCUCGAUCUUGGAUGAGGACGGCAAUGAAUUUGACAUGGCUACACCCACACUGGGGCUGGAUGACGGCUUGAAGCAGAAUGUUAUCCCGAGCAAGCGGCUGCAACUUGAGAUCCAGGUACUUGCUUCGGCACCACCUGUAGUAGAUCCCAAUAUUGAUCCCAAGGUCUAUGCUCUCCCACAUGACAGCAGAAUUGAUUUGAUUCCAUGUCCGAGAUUAAGGGCGCAGAUGAUUUUGCAUCAAAAAAGUUUUGAUGUUGAAGAUCUAUGCAGAGUUUUAAUCAAUGGAGCAAGGUGCCAUGGCCACCCACUCGAUCCUCACAGUUGGGAGUUACCUGAAGAGUUUUUUAAUCGAUAUGGUUUUCUUUUGGGGGAGGAAAUGUUACGCCACAGGAACAAGGUUUGGCCAAAAAAAGAUGAGCCUCUUCCAGAGACUUCUAAGGCGCACUGAAAUCGAAGACUAUAAUACCAUGAUUCUACUGUGUUUUUAUUACUGUAAUUUUAUAAAUUUAUGCAGUCCAUUAUGUAGCGAUAACGACAUAAUAAAGAAUUUUAACAAGGC